AAUAGAGCUCACAGCUGCUCUAUACCUAUGAAGGGCAGACACACACACAUACACUGACACACAGCUUGUGUACCGUGGACGCAAGGACAGGGCAGCCUGCUGCUACAGAGGAAAGCCUGGGAAACUCAGCUCUGUGGUCUAACAAGAUGAACAGCAGAGGAGCCUAGAGGAGAUGACAGACACCAGCAGUCUCACCCUGUCUCACCACUGAUGGUCACCUGCAUAUCUACACUGCUUUAGUGAGCACAGAGGCACCAUGGGAAACGUGAUUCAGUGCUGUCACACACUGUCAAACUACUUCAAGUGUAAAGAUGCAUCAGCUCAAGGUGGAGCCGAAAGAUCCCCUCUGCUCUCCAGCGAAGGGAGCGAAUGUGACUCCCUGACACUGCCCGAUGACCUGGAGGACGAUCUGUUAACCAUCUCCACGGGUGAGACUAACCCCGCCCUGGAACCCGAACACUUCCUGUUUCCUGAUCUCAUCCUGAGCAGCAACCUCGGAGGUGACAUGGCCCUGGUGGAGCCCAUGGUGUGUCUGCUGGUGUCUGAGGAGGAGGAGGACGGAGGAGGAGAGGGAAGGAGGGUGGAUGAGCUAGGAGGUGAAGGACAAGACAGACCUGAUGAAUGGGGAGGGAGAAGAUAUUCUGAAGUGGAGACGCAGACUGAAGCGGAGACGCAGAUUGUGAUGGGUGUACAGACGCAGACGGAGUCCCAGGCAGAAGUUCAGACGCAAACAGAAAGACUCAUGUUCAACAAUGAAGUUCCAGAGAGAGAAAUACACACACAAACAAAUAGUAGCUUUGUUUGUGAAGAUCAUGGAGGAUUGAAGGAGGCUGAUGUGCUUCUAGAGGCACUUGCAUCAUCUGAGAAGUAUUUCGAUUUACAAACUGUUACUAAAAUACAUUCAGAGAGACAGAAGAAUCUAUUAAAUCCUGAAAUGUGCGGUGAAAAGUUACAUGUGCCGGUAAAAGAAGACAAGGAAUCUGAGCAAGAAAAGCUGAAAAAAGAACAGAUCUGCAGCAGUUUUUCAACACGUCUGUUCCAAGAAGAACAAAAUACUUGCCUUAAAGAGGGGUUUAAUAAUGAUAAAGAGCAACACAACACUUUUGCUUCUCAGGGACAUGUAGACUUGACAGAGCAUCACACUUUGUCAACACAGGAGAAUGUGAUGGAAAGGGAAGAACACACUGGUAACCAGACAGAUGAGAGGAUUCUUCUGCAGGAGCAAGACCUGAUGGCACAACGGAGGAACUUACAUCUGACAAAAGACCACGACACCUCUGAAAGAUCAGAGUUAGAACCUGCUGAAUGUUGUACAGACCUGACAAAACAUCAGGAUGAUGAACCGAUGGAGCAGAAGACUGUGGUGUCAGAACAAAAUGGAAAAAAUGAGGAUGACAGUGUCCACACAAAAACGAAAUGUAAACAGUAUGACCACACAGAUGAGACGGAGGCUUCUCCUCACCAGAAUGAUGAUUGUAUUGGAUAUGAUACUGACCAGACUAAAGAGAACAUAGACCAGUCUGUGGUCAGUGUGGAUCAGGCUGACAGCCAGAACACCACUUGCCCUCCAAAAAGGGGAAACAACCAUACUAGUCAGCAGUGUGUUUUGGAUUUGGGGACAGCUUUUCUUCAGGAAGAGGACACCGGGCCUGAACCCAAACAAAUGACCCUGUUUUUAGUCGACAGAUUGUUUCUGGAAGCACCACAUGUCAAAGCACCUCCUCUUCAAACUGAAGAAAAGUCAGACAGUGAUGGCCCUGAGCAGUCCGAUACCGACAAAAUUAAGCAACUUAGCAUCCGUGACAUAGUUGAGCUUCAGGAGACAGGAUUUUCUGUGAGAAUCCAACCUCCUGGAGUGGACAGCUUUGAGCUUCAGGUGUCUGGUCAGAUGCUUGUUGCAGAGCUACACCAGGUGCUGAUGGACCAUGAGAUCACCUGCCAUCGCACAUGCUUCUCGCUCCAGCUGGGGGGUUCUGUACUCGACAGCCUCACAGAGCUGCGCUGUGUUCAGGGCCUUCAGGACGGUGCUGUAAUCAAGGUGGUGGAGGGUUCUUACUCGAUCCGUGAUGCUCGUCUCCAUCUGAGACACGUCAGAGAUCUACUGCAAAGCCUCGACCCCACAGAUGCGUACAAUGGACUAAACGGCAGCUCCCUGUCUUACUUCAACUUUUUCACUCAAGGAGACAAAGAUUGUGAAAGUGUGGGUAAGGGGCGAGCUUCUGAAAGAGGCUGUACUGACUGCAGCCCACCUGAAUAUGUCCUCCCUGGAUGCAAGGACCGACCUCUUACCCCUCUGCAGCCAAUCAGAGAUGAUUGGAAGCCCUUACAGUGCCUCCGGGUUCUGACCAUGAGCAGCUGGAACCCUCCUCCAGGAAACAGGAAGAUGCACGGAGACCUAAUGUACCUCAAUGUCCUGACCAUGGAAGACAAAGAGCUCAACAUCACAUCCUCUACACGUGGUUUUUACAUCAACCAAUCAACUGCCUUCAAUUUCAACCCAAAGCCUGCAGUACCUAGAAGUCUUUGCCACUCUCUGGUAGAGCUUCUCAGCCAGGUCAGCCCUGCCUUCAGGAAAAACUACAGCAUGUUGCAGAAAAAAAGGGUUCAGCAACACCCUUAUGAGAGAAUAGCAACAUCUUUCCAGUUGUUUACCUGGACCGCUCCUCAAGGAGACCACAUCCUGGAUGGAGUUAGAGCAGAGGAGACACACACCAGCCGCAUGGGCCAAGACGAGCACACAGCUGGACAGAGUCGUGACUGGAAUGAGGAGCUGCAGGGAAGCAGAGAACUUCCAAAGGACUCAUUACAGGAGCGUCUGCAUAGAGACAGGAGUAUAUUCAAGACCAACAGCGACUUCGCUUGUGCUGCGACUCGAGGUGCUGUGGCAGUCGUUGACGGUAAUGUUGUGCCAUUAAACCCAGGGGAGGCACCUCACCUGCAAAUGUUCAUCUGGAACAAUAUCUUCUUCAGCCUGGGGUUUGACGUCUCUGAGCACUACAGUCCUCUGGGGGGAAACGCUGCAGCUCAUUCUGCUGCCAUCUGUGACCUGAGAGGAGUGCAGGCAUAUGCAUCUGUUGACAUAAAAGGCCUUCACACACUUGGGACUGCAGUGAUAGACUACCGUGGCAUACGAGUCAUUGCCCAAACAAUAGUUCCUGGACUACUGGAGAAAAAUCAGGAACAGAGUGUCGUCUAUGGCUCUAAUGACUACGGAGAAACAGUUUAUACACACCCCAGAUUUCUGGAGCUUUUGAAUAAAACAUGUCAACCACUGAAAAUCCAGCGUCACCAGGUGCUCGAUCACAACAACAGCCCAGUGGAUUUAUGCUCUGGCAUUGAAACCAAAGGCAUCCUGGGAAAUGAUGGACGACCCUACAUCUUGGACCUGCUGCGGACCACACCCCCAGAUCUUAACAUGCAGAUUUCAGUGACAAAAGAGGUGGAAGAGGAGGUUCCAAAAGUUUGUCAGCAGUUUGGUUACCCGCGGCGAAGUGGUCACAGACUCGCCAGUCUGAGACCAGAGCUGAUAGACGCCUUUAUCCAACACAGGUAUGAACUCUAUGUCAGCAUGGUGUCCAAGGGGCUCAGAGAGCUGGAAAGAUGUCCUGACGGGCAGCAGAUGGCAGCAGAUUCAGCAGAGAAGUCUGAAGAUGAAAACACAGGGCUGAGGGAAGUUGAUUUGCAGAAGAAAAGUGUGAUCAUGGAAGCUUGUAAGGCUGUUGGAUCAGUGACUGAUUCCUGCUUUGACAUCCGCUUCAAUCCAGAUGUUUGCUCCCCAGGUGUCCGCUUCCCCCCUGAGUAUGCUGAGGAGGUUCAGAGGCAGAAACAGUUAUUAUGGGAUGCAGCAGCUUUUCUGUUGUCUAACCAGAUUCCAGCAGUGCUGAAGGACUGUCUGGACUACACAGCGGUGCCAAUGGAUGGGAUGACCUUGACCUCGGUGCUGCAUCAGCGGGGUGUGAACGUACGUUACCUUGGCACUCUGCUGAAGCAGCUGGACAAGGUGGAGGAGAGGGGGAGGCUCAGUCAUGUGCAGAGAAUUUCUAUCAGUGAAGUCAUCAUUAGAAGUGCAAAACACAUCUUCAGGAACUACUUACAGGAUGUGGAACCUGCAGCUUUCUCUGCUGCCGUCAGUCACUUCCUGAACUGCCUCCUGAGUUCCUCCUCCUCUGGUUUUCUCGAGUCCUGCUCUGAUGAGCUUCUCACCCGUCGCAGGAGCCGACGUCGACGAAGUCACGGGAGUCGAGUGGCCUUGUUGACAGACUCUGUUUGGGCUAAACUGACCUCCAGUGAGCUGUGGAGCCGGAUCAGGACUGAGGCAGAAGAUUAUUACCACUGCACCAUACAAAGUGGAAACAUAGAUGAAGUCAUAGAAACUCACAGCCUCCAGAGGAUUUCCCUGUUGAGAGAGAUAUCCAUCAAGACAGGCAUUCAGGUGCAACUGAGGGAGUAUGCGUUUGAGUCUCGACACAGGCCAGUGUUUGCUGAGGAGGACAUUGUCAACAUGUUUCCUGUGGUGAAACAUCUCAAACCAACAACAACAGAUGCCUCGCAGCUUGUUCAACAAGCGCAGGAGGCAGUACAGCAGGGCCUUCUUAAAGAUGGCUUUGAGCUGAUUAGCCAGGCCAUGACUCUUUUCAGCAGCAUUUGCGGUGUCCUACAUGAAGACGUGAGCACUUGUCUGCGUCUCCUGGGACGACUCAGUUACAUCUUGGGUGACUACGCAGAUGCUCUUAGCCACCAGGAAAAGACUGUCAUGAGUAGUGAAAGAGUGCAAGGGAUAGACCACCCACAGACCAUUCAAGACUAUACUCACCUUGCUCUAUACUGUUUUGCUGGAGGCCGUCACUCCACCUCUCUUCAGCUGCUGUAUCGUGCUCGGUACCUGACUCUGCUUGUGUGUGGAGAAGACCAUCCACAGGUCGCACUUCUGGAUAGUAUGUUGGGCCUGGUGCUUCAUGGACUGAUGGAGUAUGAGCUUUCCCAGAAGUUUCUACAAAAUGCCUUAAUUUUAACCUCAAAAUACCAUGGUGCCAUGUCGCUAAAACAUGCUCACAGUCAUCAUCUUCUUGCCACUAUGCUGGAGAAAGGAGAGUUUCGAUCAGCACUGCAACAUGAGAAAGAGGCUUUUUCAAUUAUAAAAGACAAGUAUGUUGGUGACAGCCACGACAAAACAAAGGAAACAGAGUAUCUAAAGAGUCUCACUCAGCAGGCGGUAAUCCUUCAGAAAGUCAUCAACCAAAUCUACAGUAACACACUGGUGCCUGUGUCCCACCUCCAAAGGUAUUUUACAUCACCAAACCUUGCUACAAUCCUUCAACAACUCAACCUAACCUGUGGGAUCAUUCUCAUUCCUCUCAGGUAA